AUGAGAGCAGCAGAGCCGUGGGAGCCGUGGGGGUUGGUGUGUCAGAAGCAGCAGAAGCGGGUGAACCUGGAAGCCAAGUUCAAAUUACGUGGGGAGAGACUAAAGGGCAAAACUUUUCUCCCAGUGACAACAGAAAUCACUAAAUGGUGUGAACUGGGGACCAAAUAUGCUGAGUGCAUCUCCAUCCACUUUGGCCAGGCUGGUGUUCAGAUCGGAAACGCCUGCUGGGAGCUCUACUGCCUGGAACAUGGCAUCCAGCCUGAUGGCCAGAUGCCAAGUGAAAAGACCAUUUGGGGAGGAGAUGACUCCUUCAACACCUUCUUCAGUGACACAGGUGCUGGCAAGCAUGUGCCCAGGGCAGUGUUUGUAGACCUGGAACCUACGGUAAUUGAUGAAGUUUGCACUGGUACCUACCGCCAGCUCUUUCACCCUGAGCAGCUCAUCACAGGCAAGGAAGAUGCUGCCAAUAACUAUGGCCGUGGGCAGGACACCAUUGGCAAGGAGAUCAUUGACCUUGUCUUGGACCAAAUUGGCAAGCCUGUGGUAACUCCAAGUAAUAAGAAGGUGCCCUUGUUAUGUGCCCACAGCAAGGUCACCAGAGGCUGCCUUUCCAGCUACCAGGUGUGCUCUGUAUCUGUUCCAGACCCUGCUGACUUCUACCUGAGAUGA